GUCUCUCUUCUUUUUUAAUCGCCACAUUCGAUAUUUGUCUCUCAUCGCAACACUAUGAUCAUUGCUGCAGAUAUCUACUGCACAAAGUGCAAGCGUCAGUCGGGUUCCGGCGAUAAGUGGAUGAAGUGUUCGAACUGUAGGACAGUGGCCUACUGCUCGAAAAAAUGUCAGAAAGAUCAUUGGACCGUGCACAGACCAAUGUGCAAGAUCUACAGCCCAGACGAGGUUUGGGGAAUUAGAAUUUUAUCAAACAACGGUGCUACGGCAACAACUGGAGACCUAUCCCAAUAUUUUCGGCAUGAAUUGAUUAGGGUGUCUAGUACCCAGUCGAUAUUUACUCAAGGAGAACUGUGUCCAGUCACUAGGCGUAUCGGAAUACCGCUGAUAAUUUACAGCACUGGUGUAUGUUGCGCUCAUGCGACUGGGUUGAAUGAGAUUGCUGUGAAAUUAAGGGUAGAGGCGACUGACGGGUUUGCCCCCGAUAUGUGGCUGCACAAGCCAGGCGAGUGCCUGGUUGUGCGGGAGGAUCGAAAGCCGCUGACAAGGGAGUUACUUGAAGCACUGUACAGAUUCAUUAGCAGUCUCAUGAGCUACCCCAUCUCAGAUAAAGGAUGGGCAUCCUGGCAUGGAUUGUUGAACCCCUCUGUAUGGCAGAUGUUUGCAAAGAAGUACUACGAGGACCAAGAGAACGCUGGUCGUGAGGGAUUUGAUUGUUUUUUCCCUCUGGUUGACUAGUUAUAAUAUAUCUUUUCUUCAAUCAACUCAUCGCCC